CCCUCAUCCCUGGCCUCACCCCAGAGCCUGCAGCCCCAGCCAGAGCCCUCACCCCCUCCUCCCGCACUCCAACCCCCUGUCCCAGACCUGAGCCCCCUCCUGCACCAUGAACCCCUCAUCCCCGGUCCCACCCCAGAGCCCUCCCCUCAGCCGGAGCCCUCUGCCAUAUGCUGAACCCUUCGGCCCCACCCCCACCACACAAAUUUUGUUAUGUGCACCAAUAUGGAGGUAAUGUGUCGCACAUCACCUCCAUAUUGGUGCACAUAACAAAAUCCAUUCCGAACAUGUGUGGGAAACAUUAAAGGGAACAUUGGUUAGACCUAAUCUACACUACAAAGUUAGGCUGACAUAAGCCGCAUUAGGUCGAUUUAAUAAUAUAUGUGUCUACACUGCUGAGUCCCUUCCACCAACCUAAGUGGCCUGUAAAGCCGACUUCUGUACUCCACCUCUGCGAGAGGUGUAGCGCUUGAUUGAACAUCCGUGGGUCGACAUGGGGAUAGUGUAGACACUCUGUUGCAUAAUUUGAAUGAAUUGGCCUAAAGGAGCUGUCCCACAGUGCUCUUCUGUGACCGCUCUGGAGAGCAUUUUCAACUCCACUGCACGUCGCCAGGUACACAGGAAACAGUCGCUCUCCUGUUAAGGCCCCGGGAACUUUUGAAUUUUCAUUUCCUGUUUGAUCAGUGUGAAGAGCUCACCAGCACAGCUGAUCAUGGAGACUCAAGGCUGCAAAGGCACUCCUGCAUGGAGUACACAGGAGGUCUUGGGUCUUAUUGCUGUGUGGGGAGAAGAGUCUGUGCAGGCAGAGCUCCGAUCCAGCAGAAGAAAUGCUGACAUCUAUGCCAAGAUUACACGGGGUAUGGGGGAGAAGGGCUACACCAGAGACACGCAGCAGUGUCAUGUGAAAAUAAAGGAGCUUCGGCAAGCAUACCAGAAGACAAGGGAGGUGAACAGUCGUUCUGGUUCUGCCCCACAGAUAUGGCGCUUUUAUGAGGAGCUGCAUGUGAUUCUCGGUGGUGACCCCACCACUAACCCAGAACGCUCUGUGGAUACCUACCAGGAGCCCUGAGCGAUCUCGAGCAACAGCGAGGAGGCCAUUGUUGAUGUGGAGGAGGAGGAGACUGUGAGGCAGGCAAGCAGAGGAUCGAUUCUUCCCGACAGCCAAGAACUGUUUUUAACCCUGGAGCCCAUCCCUUCAUAGGACCAGUUGGCGGUGGAGCGUGGUGAUGGGGAAGUCAUCUCUGCUGCAGGGAGUGAUUGCAAGCCAAGCAUUGUCGGUUUUUGCUCUGUGUGCUGGCUGCUGAACAAAGGUGCUGCUGAAAAGGUGCACAGUGCCCUUUGCUCAGUCUGCUUUUGGUGCAAUGUAGCCUGGCUCUUCCUCCAACUCUGCACGCAGCUGCUCAGCGAGGUGCAACCUUGAGAUCUUAGCCGUCAUUCUCAUCACCGGCUGACAAACUGAGAAGACUCCAGAAGAGGCCACGUAAAAACAAAGAAGACAUGAUGCAUGAAGUCAUGCAGCAGUCUGUAAACGAGAAUCGAAAAGCACAGAAGUGGAGGGAGAGCGAAAGGAGGAUCCGCCAGGAAAAUGCAACCAGCGGCAAAGCACGGAACAGCUGAUUAGCAUAAUGGAGUGCCAAGUGGACUUUAUCCAGGCGCUCGUUGCCAUGCAGGCAGAGCACUACCGCGCUCGCCCCCCCCUGCAGCCCUUGUCCCAAAACUCUUCCCUUUGUGCUUUCAUGUACCAUCCAACCCACUUUCCCCAGCAUUGCCCCCAGCUGCCUUCUACACCCGUAGCUUCACCGCCCACCCACCAAAACUAUAACCCUUAUCCACUGCACUCAACGCCCCUCAACAUGGAGUUUUUUACUUUGAAAACAUACUUUAUUAGUGCAUGAGGCAAAAUAUACCUUAGCCCAGGAAAGCAACAAGCACUGCAAGUCAGUGUACCAAACACAGCCACUGCACUUAACUCCCGUGCAGAGCACCAGACAUUACUGGUGGCUUUCAGCCUCAAAGUACUCCCUCAAGGCAUCCCUAAUCCUUGCAGCUCCACACUGGGCCCCUCUAAUAGCCCUGCUCUCUGGGUGUGCAGAUUCAGCCUCCAGGUGUUGAACCUCCAAGGCCCAUGCCUGAGUGAAUCUUUCACCCUUCCCUUCAUAAAUAUUAUGGAGAGUACAUAACCGCAGGGAUGCUGUCUUCGGCCAAGUUCAGCUUCCGAUAAAGAGAGCACCAGCAGCCCUUCAGAUGGCCAAAAGCACGCACCACAGUCAUUUGGCACCGGCUCAGCCUGUAGUUGAACCGGUCCUGGCUGCUGUCCAGGCUCCCUGUGUAGGGUUUCAUGAGCCACGGCAUUAAAGGGUAAGCAGAGUCUCCAAGGAUCACAGUGGGCAUUUCGACUUCCCCUACGGUGAUCCUCUGGUCUGGGAAAAAAGUCCCGGCUUGCAGCUUCUAGAACAGGCCAGUGUUCCGAAAGAUGCGUGUAUCAUGCACCCUUCCAGGCCAGUCUGUGUUAAUGUCAAUGAAACGACCACGGUGAUCCACAAGUGCCUGAAAAACCAUGGAGAAAUACCCCUUUCGGUUAACUUAUUCAGAGGCUAGGUGGGCUGGUGCCAGAAUAGGAAUAUGUGUCCCAUCUAUUGACCCUCCACAGUUAGGGAAAUCCAUUUGUUCAAAGUCAGCCACAAUGUCAUGCACAUUACCCGGAGUCACGGUUCUUCUGAGCAGGAUGCGAUUAAUAGCCCUGCAAACUUGCAUCAACAUGAUUCCAGUGGUCGACUUCCCCACUCCAGACUGGUUAGCAACCGAUCGGUAGCUGUCUGGAGUUGCUUCCAGAUUGCAAUAGCCACUCGCUUCUCCACUGGCAGGGCAGCUCUCAAUCUCGUGUCCUUGCGCUGCAGGGUGGGGGCGAGCUCAACACACAGUCCCAUGAAGGUGGCUUUUCUCAUCCGAAAGUUCUGCAGCCACUCAUCAUCAUCCUAGACUUGCAGGACGAUGUGAUCCCACCACUCAGUGCUUGUUUCAUGAGCCCAAAAACCGCGUUCCAUGGUGCUGAGCAUGUCCGUAAAUGCCACAAGCAAUUUUGUGUCGCACACGACUCAAUAUCAUCGUUGGACUCCUCACUGUCACUUUGGAUCUUAAGCAGUAACUCAACUGCCAAACGUGAUGUGCUGGCGAGACUCGUCAGCAUUUUCCACAGCAGUUCAGGCUCCAUUCCCACAGACUAAAAAGGAAGACAAAGCGUGCUCUGCACAGAAACCGUUGAAAGAUGGCACCAAAUGUGGACAGAAACACAGGGUUUGCUGGGAUGCGAAGCGAUGCAUCACGGGGCAUUGGGACAGGAUCCAGAAUACCCUGCACCCCACACCCCCUCCCCACAAGCCACAGCGCCAGAAUGGGAAGAGGUGCUCUGUGAGAUAGCUGCCCACAAUGUGCUGCUCCCAAUGCCGCUUCAAGUGCCGCGAGUGUGGCCACGCCAGUGCGCUUGCAGCUGUCAGUGUGGACAGACUGGAGCGCUUUCCCUGGUGCGGUCUCCGAAGGCUGGUUUAACCCAAAGCGCUGUACAUCUGCAAGCGUAGCCAUGGUCUAUGUGUGUGGUGGUUAAGGGAGCUUCUGUUCCUGCCACUGGGAUCCUCUCCCAGACUGCUUACCGUACUGCAUCCCUCUAUCUCUGCAGUGCUAACAUGCCUUCACAAAGUUGAGAGUAGCCCAUUCCUAGCCACACACACAACUCUCUCCGUCCUGCCCUGAUGUCCUGCUGCAGUCAGGGGCUGAGAUGUUCCUGCUAUGAAUCGUCUGUGAGAGGAUGUUCCCAGCAGCAGUUUCCUGGCUGAGUCUCACAGGGUGUAGCUAGAAGGUGCCGUAAUGUGAAUGGCAAGCGGCUAGCUGAGGAAUAGACUGCCAGGUGGGAUUCCCUGGCUCCACACACAGCGCACAGGAUGGCUGACUGAUUUGGGCCUGGAAACAAAGGCAUUUAUAAGCACCCCAUCCUCUCUAGGACUUGGCUGAGAGAGAGGAGUGGCGGAGGGGGCAGCACACGGAGGAGCGAUGGGAAUUGAGGACCAUGGUUACUUGAGAUAAAUGGCAGAUCCCUGGGAGUCUAGUCUAGAAGCUGUUCGCUUUAGUUUUCCCUCGCUCUGCAGCCACUGUUUCUUCUUCGCAAGCUGCUGCUGGGUGCUGCGACGGUGGCGCUGGAGAUCUCCAGGGCGACUUGAGUGCAAAGCUUGAGCAGGGGGUGGGCCGCCCGCCUCACCAUGAUUCAGCUGUGGAAAGUGGUGCGGCACGUGCGACAGCUGGAGCUCCACAGAUUGAUCCUGGUGCUCAUUGCCUUCAGCCUGAUCUCCAUGUGCUUCCUGGCCUACUAUGUUACCAACAGCCCCAAAAUCAAGGAGCCACUGCCCCUGCCCUUCAGCGACUGCAGCAACCAGCACAGGGUCCCGAUCCCGCCCCAGGCCAGCUGGAGGCUCACCAAAUCCGUUGACACCUCACGCACUGAGCCUGUGGUGCUAGUCUUUGUGGAAAGCAUUUACUCCCAGCUGGGGCAGGAAAUUGUGGCCAUCCUGGAAUCCAGCCGGUUUAAAUACAGGACAGAGAUUGCCCCUGGCAAGGGGGAUAUGCCCACCCUGACAGACAAGGACAGGGGCCGCUAUGCUCUUAUCAUCUAUGAGAAUGUCCUUAAAUAUGUGAACCUAGAUGCUUGGAACCGGGAGCUGUUGGACAAAUACUGUGUGGAGUAUGGAGUGGGGAUUAUAGGGUUCUUCAAAGCCAAUGAGAACAGCUUGCUCAGUGCUCAGCUCAAGGGAUUCCCCCUCUUCCUACACUCUAACCUAGGGCUCCGGGACUAUCACAUCAACCCCAGUGCCCCUCUGCUGUACAUCACUCGGGCCAACGAGGUGGAGCAGGGUCCCCUGCCCGGUGAUGACUGGACCGUGUUCCAGUCAAACCACAGCACCUAUGAGCCUGUGCUCUUGGCCAGCACAAAGUCUUCAGAAUCCAUUCCUCACCUGGCCACUCACAAAGCACUGCAUGCCACUGUCGUGCAGGACCUGGGUCUGCAUGACGGGAUCCAGCGGGUCCUCUUUGGCAAUAACCUCAACUUCUGGCUGCACAAACUUGUUUUUGUGGACGCCAUUGCUUACCUGACUGGCAAGCGCCUCUGCCUCACUCUUGACCGCUACAUCCUCGUGGACAUCGAUGACAUAUUUGUGGGCAAAGAGGGCACUCGCAUGAAGGUGUCUGAUGUGGAGGCUCUCCUGAACACUCAGAACAAGCUGAGAACAUUAGUCCCCAGUUUCACUUUCAACUUGGGCUUCUCUGGGAAAUUCUACCACACAGGUACAGAUGAGGAAGAUGAAGGUGAUGACAUGCUACUUAAACACAGGAAGGAGUUCUGGUGGUUCCCACACAUGUGGAGUCACAUGCAGCCUCACCUCUUCCACAACGUCACCGUGUUGGCUGAGCAGAUGAAGCUCAACAAGCAGUUUGCGCUGGAACAUGGGAUCCCCACGGACUUGGGCUAUGCUGUAGCCCCCCAUCAUUCUGGAGUUUAUCCCAUCCAUACACAGCUCUAUGAGGCCUGGAAAUCCGUCUGGGGCAUCCAGGUGACCAGCACUGAGGAGUAUCCUCACUUGCGGCCCGCCCGGUACCGGCGAGGGUUCAUCCAUAACAGCAUCAUGGUGCUGCCUCGACAGACGUGUGGGCUUUUUACUCACACCAUCUUCUACAACGAAUAUCCUGGGGGCUCCAAGGAGUUGGACAAAAGCAUUCGGGGUGGUGAACUCUUCCUGACAGUGCUUCUGAACCCAAUCAGCAUCUUCAUGACGCACCUGUCUAACUAUGGGAACGACCGGCUGGGGUUGUACACUUUUGAGAGCCUAGUCAAGUUUGUGCAGUGCUGGACCAACCUUCGCCUGCAGACUCUGCCUCCUGUCCAGCUGGCAAAGAAGUACUUUGAAAUCUUUCCCCAGGAGAAGAACCCGCUGUGGCAGAAUCCCUGUGAUGAUAAGAGGCACAAGGACAUCUGGUCCAAAGAGAAAACAUGUGACCGGCUCCCCAAGUUCCUUGUCGUUGGACCCCAGAAAACUGGCACAACAGCUGUGCACUUCUUCCUGACCAUGCACCCAGCGGUCACUAGUAACUUCCUGAGUCCAGCCACCUUUGAAGAGAUCCAGUUCUUCAAUGGGCCCAACUAUCAUAAAGGAAUUGACUGGUACAUGGAAUUCUUCCCCAUCCCCUCCAACGCCAGCACAGACUUCAUGUUUGAGAAAAGUGCCAAUUACUUUGACACAGAGGUGGUACCGAAGCGUGGCGCGGCCCUGCUUCCACGAGCCAAAAUCAUCUCCAUUCUGAUCAACCCAGCCAUCCGAGCCUACUCCUGGUACCAGCACCAGCGCGCUCACAGCGACCCUGUGGCUCUCAAUUACACCUUCUACCAGGUGAUUACUGCAAAGUCCCAGGCCCACCUGGAGCUGCGCAAUCUGCAGAGCCGUUGCCUGCUCCCUGGAAUGUAUUCGACUCACCUGGAACGAUGGCUGACGUAUUACCCCUCUGGGCAGAUUCUGAUUGUGGAUGGCCAGGAGCUCCGGCACAGCCCUGCUUCCGUCAUGGAGAACAUCCAGAAGUUUCUCGGGGUGACACCACUCUUCAACUACACCCAGGCCCUUAAGUUUGAUGAGGCAAAAGGAUUUUGGUGCCAGGUGCUAGACGGAGGGAAGACUAAAUGCUUGGGAAAAAGUAAAGGAAGGAAGUACCCUGACAUGGAUUCCUCGUCUCGGCUGUUCCUCACAGACUUCUAUCGGGAGUACAACAUCGAGUUAUCCAAGCUGAUGAACAGACUUGGGCAGCCCCUUCCCACGUGGCUCCGCGAGGAACUGCAGAAUUCCAGCUGGAGCUGAGGUGGAAGCCCCUGCCCUAGUGCUGCUGGAUGCAUGGUGCUGUCUAUCCAUGGGUAUAAAAGCCAGGUGGAAAAUACACUAUGAUGGCAUCUCUUGUCAGUCAAAAAACUAGAGAAAAGAGCAGCAGCCAGGAUCUUGGGCUGCUGACAGGAGCCCUUCCCCCUCCCGCUGCUGCCCGGUAUGUAUCAUUGCAGGGGGUCCAGCGAGACUGUUGCACCCAAUGUGACUCAAGCCUCUAAAUAUUAAUGAUUUGUUACAAAAGUUUUGUAAAAAAGACACAAAGAAAAGGAAAUUGCACAAACUGUAGUGGCUGCUCCAGGAGGACUGUGAUCCCAGGGAACAUCUGUGGAUCCCCACCCAGAGGAGAGCAUGCUAACCCUUUGAAGACCGGGAUUUUUCAGACUCCUAUAAUACUACUGUCUGAAAUGCUCAGUACCUAGAGGGUUAAUGUCUUCCAGUUGUGACAGGUUUGGGGCGCAGCACCUGGCCUUUGUUGUUGAUAGCAAGGUGGUAAUUGCACUUUCAUAGCAGGAAGAGCCACUGCAGCCCGGGGGACGGGAAUCGGGAGAACCCCAGCUUUGGGGAGCAGUUUUAAUGCCAGCCAUGAAAGGCAACAUUCCCUCUUCCUCCUUGCACAUGGAGUUUGUUCUUUGGAGCUGUGUCCUGCUGUUGGUCACCUGUGUGGCUCCCCUCAGCUUAGGCUCCCUGCUCAGAGAGGGGGGUGUUGUAAAGUGGACUGUCUGGCCCUGCCUGCUGCUGUGCCCUGGGGAUAGUGUGUCCGGGGAGCUAGGGGAAGGGCAGAGGCUUGCAGACGUUGUCAUAAAGAAUCUGUCUGUUGUCUUCCAGAGGGAGGGGCAUAGAGGUUGCCAGAUAGGUCCUUUACCUCCUCCUGGGACUGGGCUUGAUGAGUUAGACUAAGAGCUCUGGUUGCAAAGGCUCCAAGCCGUGCUGCUGGUUCUGAAUAUAAAUGAGGAGCGUGUCCCAGUGGCAGCUUCCUCUCUUGUGUAUUUCCCAGGCAUUACUGAUAUGGGGCAGACUGGUCCAGUUCUUUUCUGGGGCUGCAUCAGCAUCCACAUGAUGGCAGGUGCCAGAAGAUACCAGGCCACAAAGCUAGUUUCUUCAGUGGACAGUAGUGAGAGAGGAAUGGAGUGAAACAGGAACAUCCUCUGACUAGCACUUAGUUAUCUAGCCCAUCCCUGCAACAGAUCUGGUGCCCCGGAGGAUGUCAUCUGCUCAAAAGCUGAGUAGGAGCAACCUAGGCAAGAUGCAGGGCACUCAGAGCAGAGCGUGUUGAUCCUCUCUCGGUGCAAAAGAACAAGGCCCUGGUCCUUGUGAAUUAAAAGGGAAGAGACACACUCAGCCCCUGUACCAAGCCUGAUAGCUUAGUGAGAGUUAAAGCAGCUCUGCUGCCAAGGGACUGGGACUGGGGCUUCUAUUGCAGAGACAAUUGUCCAGCUGCAUGGGGGGGAUUGCUUUCCCCUGCCAUCCCUGAGGUAGGCCACACGUGGAAAGAGAAUAUGCAGAGUGCUAAGCAGUCGCAGGGUACUAAUUUUGACAAAAUAGUCCCUGCGUGUUUGCCUCUGUUGCCAUCUGGAGUGGUUGUUUUCUUUC